UGACACAGUGUCCGACCUCUCGGAAAUUCAUAACCUGGUUAAGCACACAAUGAAGAGGACGACACCGUUUCCUUUACGUCGCUCCACUGCAAUGACAACUGAACAUUUGCUGCGCAACUAUUAGCAUAUGCCGGCGUUCAAUUGGUUGAGACGUCAGGUUCGAAUUUUGCGGCUCUUGUUGCCCUACCAGAAGUAACGGUGCUGAUAAAAACGUACAAAAGUCGGAGAGACAGCCGGUCCGCAUUCGUCAGCUUGUGCUCCGGUGGAAAGCAAGGUCGACUAUGGGCUGUAACUCGAGUCGUGUUUGUUGUGCAAAAUUCCGGAAGAGAAAGAGGAAAAAUGUGUCUGAAACCUGCAAUGAACAAUCACAUGAGCUGAACAGUAUCCUAGACAUCUGUGAAAAAUGCAAGACACAAUGUGAUCAUCUCUCAAAAGGCAAGAAGAGUCAAAGAAAGUAUUCUAUGGAAAUUGAAAAAAUACGGGACAACUAUGGAAAAGAGCUGCAAAAUAUGCAGGAAACUAUGAUUGCUUCUGUAACAAAGGAAAAAGAAGACCUUGUACUGGCUCACCAAAGUGAAAUUGAAAGGCUGAAAGAGGAGGUUUCUGCUAAGGUUGAAAAAGAAGCAACUUCCAAGGCUGAACUCACUUAUUCACAGAAAAUUAUUUUAAUGAAGCAAGAAUAUGAAGGCAGAAUUACAGAACUAAAAAAGUCAAUAGAAAAUGAAAGGGAGACUUUGACAGAAUCUUUAGAGGAGGCACAGCAAAGACUUGAUGAAUUGACUGGGCAGCUUGAGAAAUUCAACACAAUAAAACAGAGGGUUGAAGAAUCUAUACUGAAAAGAGACCUUCAAAGGAAUAUUGAGACUCAUGGUGACCCUGGCCAGUUUUGGGGACAAGAACUUGAGAGUAUGGUCUUUGUGACUGAAAUGAAAAAUGAACGAAUACAAGAGCUCAACAGCAAAGUAAUUCAUAUGGACAAUUUAGCAGAAAGAAAUCUUGAGUUAGAAGAUAAAUUAAACCACCUUUGUCAACAAAAUGAAGAUCUGACAAAUCGGUUGGACAGACAACACAAUUUACUUAAAAAACUGACACAGGAACACCACUUGCUGCAGCAGACUUUAGAAAAGGAGUCCAUGUCAAAGCAGAAGCUUCACUGUGAAAAGGAAGAACUCCUGUAUAGGUUGAUCAAUGGAGAUGCUACAGCCAACUGCCACCUCUCUAGCAAAAAGUGUUCUCCUCUACUCGCGUAGUUACCUACUCCCAGUUACUCAAGUUGGAAUCUUCAAAGGUUAUGGUUAACACCUCAAAAUCACUGUAAAAGUGUUAGUUUCAUAGUGUAUGUCUGGGGUUUAUUAUUCUGAAACAGAGUUAAUACAUAUAUCACAUAUAUAAACUGUAUAUAUAUUUAUAUAGCACUGGAAUUUGUGAAAUAUAUAAAUAAAGCAGAAAAGCCUCUCAAUACCUCAAGUAAGCCCCAAAUUGUUUGGCAUUAACGAUAACAUUAAAGAUGUUCAUGAUGUUCUUUUAAUCUCUUACCACAAAUACUAAAUAAUGUGAUUUCCCAGCAUGACUUGUUAUUAAAGCAACAUUUGUUGUACUUAUUAAUUACAGUAGAUAAUGCAAGAACUACACAAAAAUAUUAAAUUAUGGAACAUAAUUAAGGAAAUAUUUUUUGUGGGUAUGUGUAUGUAAUAUUACGUAUAUAAUAUAUGCCAUAGGUGAAUUACAAAUCUGUCUCAUUGUAGUUGGCAUUUUGCAGUGAGCCAAGCUAGCUGGAAUGGAAAGAAGAAUAAUUUCUCAAAAAAGCCAAGUCAUUUUUAGACUUCUUGCAAAGAGCCCAUGUAGCAUCAGUUUUAAAACUACAUGUAAAACAUAUAAAGCUUAACACAUAAAGCUUAUUGGAAUUAAUGUGUUAAUACAGUACAUUGUUAAUAUAUUAAAUAAAUAAAUAAAUUCCUUUAUAUUUUUAUUAGUUACCCCCCUUACACUACAGCUUUCUUAGGAGGCGUACUGCACUGUCAGCUUUAAGAUAAAUUUAUGUUUUUACACGUUUUUCUGUCACCGCAGUUUUUGAUGCUUUCAGCCAUUUACUUCUUUAUAAGAUGUGCAGCUGUUUGUUUAUCUCGUCUUUAUAUAUGACAGACAUACGUUUGGGGAGUCUUUGGCUCUCAACAUUUUGAGUGUUGUCCAACUGCAUCACAUAGUGUCACAUAUUUGCCUAGGAUAUCAACAGAUUGAUCUACCCUUCCUAUCUAGUAAACUAUUAUUUAAUAAAUCCUCUGUCUGUUCCUAGUUGGCAUACCUUAUUCUGGUAAUCAAGUAACAUAUACCAUAAUUAUAAGUACCAUAAUUUUUUUUUUUUUUUUGCAUCUUCUUUCCUCCUCCAAUCUCGCACCAGUUUCUCACACACAUCGAAUUUUGUUGCAGCAGCGCAGUUACCAAUUUCUUUUGCCACCUCAAUGACUUUUAAUUUAAAACCAGCUUCAUAUUUUCUUCUGAUCGAAUGCUCCAUCGUAGAUAAGGGAUGCUCUUACAAUAAAGGUAUAUGAGGGUUUGAGAUACACAAAACAGUGCAUACACCGCUUCGGAAUAGUUCGGGUAUUACCGCGUGGUCACGUAGGCACAAUACAGAGAAAAAAAAGGCAGUGUGCUCUGUGGUUACUCUCUCAGGUGGGCAUUAGCAUAUCAUAAUUUCUUGGUUCAAUAGUGUGAGUUUGCCGAAUUCGACUUAUACAACCGACAUUAUAAAAUACCGGAAAUUAUGCAGUAAAAUCAAAUCCCCACUUAUCCGCAGAAGAACUUAUCUGCGAGUAUAUACAGUAUGUCUGUCAUAUACUGCAUUUGGAUUGUCUAAUGAAUUUGUGAUUUUGCUGCAUUGCAUAAUUCUUUCCGCCAAUCUCUUCAGUAUUUGCUGUGCUUUUCUCCUAAGGUUUACAUCAUUCUUUUACAACAGUCACAAACUAACAUUUCUCAUGGUUCAAUAAUGUCUCUGUAAUAAACUGACUACAAAUGGCAUGAUUUUCUUAUAUUGCUUCAGAAAUAUGAAACUCUCAGUUUUUCACUCAGUUUUCUAAUUUUUGAAUAUUGUUGCUCCUUGAAGUUUUUCUCUUUACUUCAGUAGAAAUAUAUGUUGAAUUACAGUGUUUCCAACUCUGGGGCCAUUUCAAAAGUGCUUCAUUAGGACUCCCAUGUAUGAUUUGUUGCUUUGAACAAAUUUUUUGCCACUAAAUGAAGUAGCAUUUCAUGUCCUAUCUAUGCUUUUUGUUAUCUUCUAUUUAAGCCGUUAACAUGUUUUCAGCAUACCGUUCUCCACACUGCCCUGGUCUAGCAAUGUCUAGAUCUUUCAUGGGCAAUUUUAGACUCCGCCACAUACUGUACCUUUUUAGUUGCACAGUGAUAAAGAUGACAAACUCCUGCCAGAUGUCGCUUUGUACAUCAUGUGGUUCUCCAAAAUGUAAACAUACCUUAAGUAGUUCUAGUGGCACAUCUGUACUUUCCUUGUGGUUUAAAGGGGCUGCAGGUUUCGGUUGCUUAGUGAGAAUUCAAUUAUUGGUGAUAAACCACAUAUUGCUCAAGUGACAUUUUUUGAUUGAUUUUAGUGAUUUUGCUUGUCAUGGUUGUGAACCCUUAAUUGUUCAUUUCUGCCUUAAACAGACGCAUUUGCUAUUUUCAGCCCUGGUUUAAUAAAAUAUUUAAAAGGAAAAAAGAAGAGAAAAAACUGAAGGAUUGAGAAUUACUCAUCCAUUUUGUGGUUCCAGUUGUUUGAUGAUGAUAUCCUUAGAAAUGAAAAAUCUAUUGCUGAGUUAAAACAAUAACAAGCAAUGAAGUUAAAUAAAAUCUGUUAAUUAAGCAACUGGGUUGAAACAAACACCUGCAGCCACUGCGGCCCUUCAGAACUGACGUUGCUCACUCCUGAUCUUAGUAGUUCAUCAGUUAAAAUGUGCUGACUAAAAAUCAGUUAGGUCAGCCUGUCUCCUAGCAUUACAAUCGUUUGCCAUUAUUAUCCAUACAACAAUACUUCUGUGCUGCUAAGAUUUAAAGGUUUGAUUUGCUUAUUUUCCACAGGUGGCUUUGGGAGAUAGUAUUUUUCCUUAAUGCAUUUUGUCUUGGAUCUCUAUGACCUGUGGAUCAGUGAUGACAUAGCAAAGUAUCAAAAGAUUAUUUGAUCAUUAUUUAUUACAGAUUUAUCUUUAGUUUUUAUGUUUUUACUUUAAAUUCUCAUUUUGUCUUAGAUCCAUUGUCCCAUUUUGUCCUUAAUAAACCAUAUUGUCUUUUGCCUAAAAUCAGAAAUGUCAUAUAUAUCCGCUUCUGUUCUCACGUCUCCCAAUGUGCGCCUAGUUACACCUUCAUUACAUUUGUUAAUGUGUACUAUGCACAAGCAUGUGUAAACUCCAUCAUGACAGAUGAUGAUAACCUGACAUACAUGAUAGUGGUAGGCCAUUAAAACUUUCACUGAGUUUAAAAGUUCAAUCAGAAUCAACAUGUUGUGAUGAUGAAUGUCAGUUAAGAGUGCUGAAUUAAACGAUGUAGAGCAGCAAAGUGUGCACACACGUGAACAGCAGACUGCAACUGACGCCCAUGAGACAAGCAAAACAGAAUGUAGUUGGCCUUCCUUCUCAUUCAUGUUUCAACAAGUUUGCUACAGAAAGCCCAUUCAGAUGACCACCAUCCUUCUUUAAUAAGUCUAGUUGUUCUCUUUAUUUGGAGAUUAAACUUCUUAACCUAAUUGUACAUGGCUUGUGUAUUUUUGUGUAACACUGAAGCUACGUAGUUUUGUUGCAAAGAGCCUAAAAAUGUCUGGUCUAAUUUUCAUUCCUUUUAGCAUGAAAUUUUCCAGUUUGCUUAUAAAAAUAAAAUCCUUACACCUGUUUAAUCCUAGUAAGGGUCAGGGAAGCCAGAGCCAAUCCCAGCAGAAUCAAGCAGGUAGGCAGGAAACAACCCUAGAUAGAGCGCAUCUGCACCACAGAGCCCACUCACGCUCACCCGCACAAGUGACAAUUUUGAGUUACUGAAUAGCCUAACAUAUACAUUUUUUGGGAUGUGGCGGAGUAGCAGGAGAAGUUUCAGCACAUACACAGGGAGAAUGUGCAAAGCCCAUGCAUGCAGACAGUGACUAGGCCUAAGAUUGCAUCCAAAAAAUGCUGAAUCCACGAGGCAGCAGCACUAACUACUCUGCUGCCUAUUUCUGGCCUGCAUGAACAUUAAUUUUACUGGAUGGCAUACCAGAAGAUUGGAGAUAAAACGACAUCAGCAACUAACAGAAGUUAAGAACACAACGCACUUGUGUAGUAAAAGCAGGACCGCGGUGUGUACUCAAAUGCACAAAUGCACUUUCAGACUAUAGUUUUAUUUUUUAUAAUGAAGUGUCCUACGUUGUAAGUGAGGGUCUUUGUCUGGUAACAGGUAUUUUUGGGAAAUGUAACUUCACAGGUAUAUGUUUGUUUAUUAAAGGGGUUAACAAACUAAAAGAGCCUCUGAAUUCAGACAUAUUACAUUGUAUAUCUUUGUUUUGUACAAUUUUAUCAUCUAAAGGAAAAAUUAACAGAAAAGCAACUAUUUGAUUUCAGUUUUUCAAUAGUUACACACAAAAAUACAAAGUAUUUUUGAGUCUCUUUUUGGCAAUAAUAAUAGCAUGUUAAUUUUUAUAGUUUCACUGCUUUGCUUUUUGAUUUUAUGAUUUUGAAAGCCAGUGGUACACGGUGUAUUAUUAUUUUGAAUUUUUUAAGGGAAGUAAACUUCAUUUGGAUGUUUUAUCUAAUCAAAUGUGGAACAAGUUACGAAGAGCAGCUAUUAUUAAUACUAUGCAAAUAGAACACAAUGUCAUUGAUGCCUUUGCUCCAAUAUUAUUGUGUUAGACUCUGUAUAUUUGUUAAUAAAAUAUUUAAAACUUAACACUACGCAAUAUAUUUUUUCAGUGUUACAUUUAUGCCACAAUAACAAAAUUAAAUAUUUUUUUAACUCAA